CGUUCAGCGGAUAAAUCCGAUUAAGUAAAUGAAUGAAUAGGAUGAAUAAAACGAGAGAAGUGUGUUGUAGUCUCGAGGGCAGGGUGUGUUGAGCAGCCCAGCCCCAAACUGACACACAGCCAAAGAGGAGGAACUUAGCACCCACACUCGAAUGAUUAUCAGUGAAAAUCACUGAAUUAAACACCCAGGAGUCCCAACGAGGAAUAAAACCGUUAUAACAAGCAGAAAAUGUCGUUCAUCCCCGGUCAGCCUGUCUCAGCUGUUGUGCAACGGAUUGAGAUUCACAAGCUAUAUGAGGGUGAUAAUUUAAUAUUAGGAUUCAGCAUCGGAGGGGGAAUCGACCAAGAUCCAACCCAGAAUCCCUUUUCCGAAGACAAGACAGACAAGGGAAUCUAUGUCACACGUGUAUCUAAAGGUGGACCUGCAGAGGUGGCUGGUCUCCGGCUGGGAGACAAAAUCAUGCAGGUGAAUGGCUGGGACAUGACAAUGGUGACGCAUGAUCAAGCACGGAAAAAACUCACCAAGAAGAAUGAAGAUGUGGUUAGGCUUCUCGUUACUAGAAAAUCGCUGGAGGAAACAGUCAGACAGUCCAUGAUGCAACACUAAUGCACAUCUGAAACACGCUCAUUUGAGCUAAUUGAAUGUCCUUAUUGGUUCAUCAUAUGUUCAGAGCAUGUUUUAACUAAUAAAAUACUGCCAAAGAGUGAUGCCAAGACCCCUUUACAUUCAGAAUGGACAUGUUAAAUAUGAUUUUGACGUAUUGAACUCUAACUGAAUCAGUGUAUGUAUGAAUGAUUGCUCCGAGUACAAUCUAGAUUAAGGUUUGCAUUCCAUAAAUUGCUACGCUACUUUCAAUUUAGCUACACUUUAUGCCAAAUACUACACUAUAUUACCAUAUAUACUCUUGAAUGUAUCACAGAGUCUGUGAGCUCCUUAUCAUUUCAUUCAUAGAUUUCAAGGGCUACAGUGAUUUGUUCCUCAUUUUUUUGGUCAACAUGUCAUAUACGCCUGUUAAUUAUCAAAAAAGGUACUGUGGGAAACAGCCAGUUUUAGUACUUUAAUGACCACUAAUUUUGCUAGUUUUUAAAUGUAUUACUCAUUUUUUAACUUUUGUUUUUGUAUUUAAUUAACACAGUGUUAUCCUAUCAAAAUUAAUCUACAUUUGGCACAAUUGAGAACACUGCAGUUUUGUAUCUAGUGAUACCUUAUCAUAUGUUUCCCGUUUUGAAAAUGUUUUUGAUACCAAUUCUUGGGAGGUUUGAUUGUAUGGGGAUAUAUUUUCAUGUAUACGAAUAAAGGAAUCUUCUUGCA